AUGGCAAGGAUGAAGAAGGUUGCUUAUAUUCCUAAUAGUGCUGCAAGGAGAGCAACUUUCAGAAAACGAAGAAUGGACUUGUUGAAGAAAGUCAGUGAAAUAAGUAAUUUAUGCGAUGUUGAUGCUUGCGCAAUUGUGUAUGAACCAGACAAUCCCCAACCAAAAGUUUGGCCAGCAAGACCUGAAGCACAUCGUGUGCUCAUGAGAUUCAAGAGCCUGCCAGAGGGAGAUCAGUUAGAGAAUGAUCAAGAGAGUUCCGCAGAAAACCAGAUGGGGAUGACAACGGAAAAUUCCAUAAAUCAGCAACUAGAAAAUCAUUAUGUGGAACUCUGUCGGAUGUUUAAUCGUGCCUUGGAUGGUGAGAGUUCUAUACCUGAACCUGAUAUUCAUCCUGUUGAUUUGAUUGAUUUUGCCUGGUUGCUUGAUGAAAAGCACAAAGAAGUUCAGCAAAAAUUGUUAAAUCUCCAGAAAGCUAAUGCAACCAGCGCCAGUGAGGCUAAUACUAUUGCUAUCCCUAACCCUAGUUAUUCUGUUGAUACUAACGUUAAUGUUGGUGUGCUUGAUGAAAAUCAUGUGUCUGGUAUAAAUGGUGGUACCGUGGCUGACGGUGCUAUGUAUGGGGGAGUCGUGAACCAUCAUGAUCAAGGUGGUCGUGUUAUGAUUGAUGGUAUUGGUGAUCAAGAAAUAAGGAUGGCAGCAGCAGCCAUGGAAGCCUUACAAAUCCAACCAUUGUUCAUGGAUGCAAAUAACCUACCUUCUGUUUCACAAUCUGAUGACCAAAUGGUGGAUUAUCUUGAAGGAUAUCUGAACAAUAACCAGAUGAUGCAGGGAUGA